AUGACCGCGGCGUCGGCGUCGCCAGCGACGGCACAAUUCAAGCCGCGGCAUUCCUUUGGUGCGCAGGAAGGAAUCUUGUGCGCGGCUGGUUUCGGCGAGGAAGGCCAGUACGGUGUAGAUAAAUCCUUGGACGUGUUCUGCCCAUCGAUCCCGGCAGUGUGGCGGCUGGGAGAUUUGCCCGUGGCGGUGGAGCAAUGCAGCGUAGCGAUGCUGGACGCUAGUACCAUGAUGGUCUGCAGUCGGCGCACUAACCUGACUGGACAUCGCGACAGCCGCGGAACCGAAUUCUCAACGUCGGUGGAAGUCUACGAUCCCGACAGUCGCUCCUGGAGCGCCGUGGCCGCGCUGCCCGUUACUCUGGCUUACGUGGCGCUGGUGGCGUGUGACGGUCGCUUGUACGCCUUUGGAGGCCAGCGCGGCGCGCUAGGCGUGAGCGCUUGCAGUUCGUUCUCGUAG